UCGCAUUAAUCGCCGGCGACGGCGCGUGCCGUCUACUCGCGAAUUUAAUCUCAUACUUGCGGCCGCGCGCUGCGGCAAGAAGUUGCGGAAGCACGUAGGGGAGACACGUGAGUUCGCGAGCCAAUUGAUUCGCGCUUCCACGGAGACAGUUGUCGUCCGUGCGCCCGCCACGCCGAAGGUGUGCCAACCCGGCUUGAGUUAUUAUAUCGAGCUCGGGAUUCGAUCGCGACGCCCGCGCUAAGUUCACAGAAAUCAGCGGAGCUGAUAACGCGAUAGUAGUCUAGUGGGAUCAUUAUUGAUCGACUAUUCGCAGUGGUGAAGCGUUCAACGUCGGACCGACUGCCAAUCGCGGUCAUUGCUGCCGCGCAGCGUGUCGUGGAACCACCCAAGUCCAGGAGACUGAAUAAUUCUCUCUCUCUUUCUUCCUCUCCUUCUUUUUUAAUUUUUAUUCUUCUCGAAAAUCAUUAUAGCGCGUAUUCACUAUGCGUCCUCGCGUGCCCCGCGUCUUGCUGUUGAUCGUCAUGAUCGUCCGCUUCUCGACGACGACGUCGUCGGCGGCCACGCAACAGUCGCAGCUGCUGAUCCUGCGGCUCUUGCCGGAGGAACCGGCGGAGAAUCCGGAUAGAACACUGAACAAGUGGAGAACGGUGCAGAGCGGCGAGGACCGAGCGCCGCAGAUAGAGAUUCACCUGUUGAAGGGUCGAGUCUCGCCGGACGAGAAUUGGUACUAUUUGGAUGACGAUACAGGGUACAAAUACUUUGGACCAAAUUACAAGUACAACUUGGCGACUGACGAGAGGAAACUUUUCGCUCGACUGAAGAACGACGAGAAGCCGGGGGAAAACGCGCGAGAAGACGAGGACGAAAAUGUCGACGACUAUGACGAUAUCGUGAUGCCCGAUCAGACUACGGGAAUCGACUCCAGGAAUAUCAUCGUCGCGCCUACGUUUUGCCGGGACGGAGAGAAACCGGACAGCAUAGGACGUUGCAGACCCGUCUUGGAAUAACGCAAAAGCGGCAGAAGAGCGCGGGCGCCCGGAUGAUCCAGAUCGAUUCCGAUCGAAACCGACGACGGUACUCGGCGACUUGUGAAUAUGCGCCGCUCUGUUGCGAGUAAAACGCGUUACAGAGCAUAGAAUACGCAUCCUGCAAAGCACGUUUCAUCAAUGAACGAUGUAGUCUCACUUAACACGUUGAUUGCUUCGUUGAUUUCCGUCGAUUGUACAAAAGCUUGAUUGAUGGCCAAAGACGCGGCAAAUAAAUGAGAGACAUUCGAGACGCGUGUACCUUUCAUCUCGCGCGUUCUAUCGCGUUCUAUCGGCUCUCUAUUGACCGUACAAUCGCGAUUCUUCUCACACAAUUGAGAUAUUAAAAUAAAUUUAUAAUUGUACGCGGAGAAAGGAUUGCAGUAAAAAUUGCAGCAAAAUUUCGGCAAUCUUGGACCAUGCAGAAUUAUAGAAUUAUAUUUCUCAAAAGAAAUUACAUACGUUUGACAUUUUGCUACAAAAUUAUUGCAAUUACUUGAGCGUCUUUUUAUAUCAUAUAUCAAGUAGAUCGUGAAACUUACUAUUUCCAUAAUAAUUUAUAGUGAAAUUCCAGUUCAGUUCACGAAAAAUGAUGCGGAAGAAAACGUAAUUUUAACGUAAUUUUUGUUACAAUAUUUGCUCCGCGUACAUAAUGUAACGUGUAAUAUAAUAUCUACAAGUAUAAAUAACAAACCGCAUAUAAAUGAUUGUAUGCGUGAAUAAUAAAAUAACAUGGAACUUCGUGCAACUUUGUGUAACUUAAUGAGUCGCUGUGGCAUCACAGCGGCCCGGCCACCGGUGGCGGUAUUCAACGUGUUAACUGACACGUACGCCCGCGAUAUAGGCGGACUAAUUAGUUUCUCACUAACACGGCGCGCGCGUGCACAUGCCACGGACGUGCAUUGUGUAUUGUAUGUUGUGUGCGUUAUUUUAUUCGGACAAAUUAUGGGGAAAGGCGUCGCAACUUAUUGAGCGACACCGCGCCGUGCUACAUAGUGCGCUAUUAAUCACUGGGUUAUUUGCGUGGCAAGAUAAAGCGUGUACUCGGCGGGAAUUACUACAGGUGUGACAUCAUCCGCAAUUGACAACAUCGCUGUAAAUGCGCGUGGAAUUCGCGUUGCAAAUGGUAAAGUGAACGAUCUCUCUCUCUCUCUCCCCCUCCCCCUCUCUCGCCUAAUACGCGCUGACGCGCGCUAUUUUGCCACACGGAAACAGAACAAUGGUCGCGUUAGCGUCAGUUAAGGAGAAGUGGAUGGCGAACUUGAAAAAUCACGAUCACGCUAUCCAUCUCGUAUUUCUUGUAUAACUUGGGUUACAAAACGGUUCAGAUACAAUGAAGUUGGGAGCUCAUCAAACUGUCAAAAUUGAGGAUCAUUAUCGACAGAUUUACGCAAUAAUAACAUAAUGAAGAAUACUAUAUUAAUAAAUAAUAAUAAUACCAAUAAUAAUUAAUAAUAUAACGACUGUGGGCAAGCCCGUCAGUAAUGACUCCCAAUUUUGACAGUUGAGUAAGUUCCCAACUUCAUUGCAUCUGAACCGUUUUGCCAUUCCCUGCACAUAAAUUUUACGUUAAUGUAUGUUGCUGUUUUAGCAUAUUUAGCGGAAAACUUAACCACGCAUACAUGGAAAUGUUUCUGUGAACUUUUCCGAUAUUUGUAAGCUUCUAAAUUCGGGUGUAAAAGUACGACAAUGUUCUUUGAAAUUUUUCGGAGCAAACUCGCGUUCAGCAUAUACAAGCUGCGAAUAUUUUUAUCAGGCGAAUAUUUACUUUAACUGACAGCGUCCGACGGGCUGAUUUACACUCGAAAUAUCAACUUUGAGACUCUUUAUCGUUUCUGUCACAUGUAUAUCGAGCAAUGCUCCACAAUUCAGUCUCGCACGUGUAAUUUUCAUUGUGUAAGAAAGUUUGCAAUUCUGCGCAAUCACGACAUAAACUUUGCAGAAAAAGCUCAAUAUUUCGUCGAUAAAGUUUUAAUACUCUUCAAAGUAUGCCAUUUCUCUAAAUCCAAACCGGAUAUCUCCGUUCGGACGAGCAGUGGCCCGCGAAAGCAGGGAACGAACCGAAACAUUUCUCCGGAAUAUCCGUUUCGUUAGCUAACUGACGCACGAGAGAGCACGUGCGAGAAUUCAAAUAUAUGCGGCGCGAGAGCUAAAGGAGGAUACUUAAUCAUUCAUCGAACUAAUUAAGAAUCGAAUGCACAAAUGACGUAACUUAUGUACACGGUGGACGGAUUGCAGAUGUAAAUUACAGCUGACUAAUUAAAUUAAAUUAAUAUUGGGCACAUGCUGUUAUUUUAUUGUAGCAAUAUCUCUCCAAUGGAAUCGCCGGGCGCGGAAUUCUAAUUAAUUGUGUUGCCGUGCGCGCUAUAUGGACGCGACAAACAAGAGCAGGAUGUGCGCGUGCGUGUGUGAGUACACACGCACGCUCAAAUUGUCAUA